CGACGACAACAGCAGUGAGCAGGAUCAGAAGCAAACGUAUGACUGACGAGGUGCAGGAUCACAACGAGAGUGGAGACCUCCUCCGGGCGAGUGACAUUCCCGAUGCGGCGAGCAAGUACGAGGCACUUGUGGCGGACGUGGGCGGCGUGGUGAGCGGACAGCGUGACAAAGUGGCGAACAUGGCCAAUGCGGCUGCGGUUAUCUUUGAGACGCUUAAUGGUUGGAUGAGCCAGUUUGGAGCACCGGGCGAGCAGUACACCAACUGGGCGGGUUUCUACCGCGUCGACCUCGAAGCCCGCAAGUGCAUCCUUGGUCCCUUUCAAGGUGGUGCCGCAAGAGCUACCAUUCCCUUUGGAAAGGGUGUCGUUGGCUCCGCCGCCGAACAGGUCGCCACACAGCUCGUGCCCAACGUGCACGAGUUCCCAGGUCACAUUGCCUGUGAUUGUGCCUCCGAGUCAGAGAUCGUGGUUCCUGUUCUCGAUGCAGAGGGCAAGCUUGUUGCUGUCAUUGAUAUCGACUCGCCGCAUCGUGCUCGCUUCACCGACAUCGACAAGGUCGGCAUAGAGGCCGUCGCCGCUGUCAUGGACCUCCUCCGGGCGAGUGACAUUCCCGAUGCGGCGAGCAAGUACGAGGCACUUGUGGCGGACGUGGGCGGCGUGGUGAGCGGACAGCGUGACAAAGUGGCGAACAUGGCCAAUGCGGCUGCGGUUAUCUUUGAGACGCUUAAUGGUUGGAUGAGCCAGUUUGGAGCACCGGGCGAGCAGUACACCAACUGGGCGGGUUUCUACCGCGUCGACCUCGAAGCCCGCAAGUGCAUCCUUGGUCCCUUUCAAGGUGGUGCCGCAAGAGCUACCAUUCCCUUUGGAAAGGGUGUCGUUGGCUCCGCCGCCGAACAGGUCGCCACACAGCUCGUGCCCAACGUGCACGAGUUCCCAGGUCACAUUGCCUGUGAUUGUGCCUCCGAGUCAGAGAUCGUGGUUCCUGUUCUCGAUGCAGAGGGCAAGCUUGUUGCUGUCAUUGAUAUCGACUCGCCGCAUCGUGCUCGCUUCACCGACAUCGACAAGGUCGGCAUAGAGGCCGUCGCCGCUGUCAUGGGUCUGGCUUGUGACUGGUGAGGGGAUGACAUGGCAUGGCGCGAUGGCGUCAUCGGUUCGCCAGACACGCAUGCGCCACGCCGUGGCACGUGGUAGAUGCGAUGGGUGUACAUAUCUUUUACUGCCGCUCAAAGGCGAGGUGCUGGACGUGGAUGAUCAUAAACGUCAUGAGCGCGUUGA